AUGAAGUUCUCUCUGUUCACUCUCGGCUUCGCUCUUACUGCCCUGGCUGCUCCUCACAGCAAACGCGCCGUUUUCAGCACUACUUCAUACAACGAUCUGUCCAUCAGCGGCGGCGUCGCUGGCAACGCCCAGCAGGAGGCCCUUGCAAAGCUGAGCGGCUUGCCCAGCGACCUAUCGACUGUCGAGAAAGCCGACUUGGAUUUCCUGAACAGCGUUAACUCUAUUGCGAACGAUGCUGAGGAUGAGGCUUUCAACCCCGCCAUUGACGCCGCGUCUGGCGAUGAGGCGGUUUCCCUGCAGAUCGGCAAGAUCAAGAACAAGGUAUUGAAGCUGACGGCCACCAUCUUGAAGCUCCAGGCCCAGCAGGCCCAGGGAGAGGACGUGGCUGAUAAACUCGAGGCGGAGAACAAAAAGCUUCAAAACAAUAUUUCUCAAGAUGAGGAGGCUGCCGGUCAAGCUUCGACCUUCCUCUCCUUCGACGCUACAACGGACUAA